AUGCCAACCUCUUCUACUGCAACAGAAGCAACAACAACUGCAGCAGUUAAUACAGCAACAACUGCAGCAACAGCAGCAGCAACAGCAGCAGCAGCAGCAGCAGCAGCAUCCGCCAAGUCUGCAGCCCCAUCACAGAGUCCUUCAAUUCUUACAGGAGGUCGAUUGACCUCACAGCCAGGACCUUCGCCACUAACAAGGUUCGCUAGCAGCAGCAGCAGCAGCAGCACCAGCAACAGCAGCAGCAUUGGCAGCAGCAGCAUUAGCAGCAGCAGCAACAUCUUCAGCAGCAGCAGCAGCAGCAGCUUUGGCGGUAGACAAUUCAUGAGCAACACAUAUGGUGGUUUGCGUUUCUCCUUUGGUCGUGGCAGCAGCAACUCCCUAUGGCAGCAGCAGCAGCAGCAGCAGCAACCGCAGCAGCAGCAGCAGCAGCAGCAGCAACAGCUGCAGCGGCGUCGUGUAAUGAGGGGAGAGGAUGAGACACCAAUGGAUGUUGUAGAAGUUGAUGAUUUAGAUAACUUUGUUGGUUGUGAUUUCCAGUCUUCUGCUGCUGCUGCUGCUGCUGCUGCAGCAGGAGGAGGAGGAGGAACAGCAGCAACAGCAGCAGCAGCAGCAGCAGCAGCAGCAAGUAUAGCAAAUGCUGGUGCUGCUGCAGCAAGACUUUAUUGUAAAUCUACGCCACGCCUAUCAAACCCAAGCAUAUUUCCUGAUGCAGCAGGAGCAGCAGCAUCUGCUGCUGCUGCUGCUGCUGCUGCAGCAGCAGCAGGAAAUAAACUAGCAUCAUUAAAUGUUGAUGGUGAGGAUCUAAGCUUCCUCAGCAGCAGCAAGUAUGCUGCUGUAUCUAGGCGUAUAUUAGCUAUAAUAGGCAGCAAAAAGUACGGGCAAAAUAAUAUUCCUUGGGAGGAUCUAUACGAUCCCGAUCCCGAUCCCGAUCCCGAUCCCAACCCCACAACAUCUGGUGCUGCAUCUGCUGCAGCUGCUGCUGCUGCGACGCCAACCCGUCGGGUCCGCUUCCAGCAGCCAGGUGAUAGCAGCAAUGUCUCCUCUCCACAGCAGCAGCAGCAGCAGCAGCAGCAGCAGCAGCAGGAACAGAGUAACGAUAAGAACCCCUCUUCCUUGAAGUCCUGCCUCUCCACCACCACCGCCAGCAGCAGCAGCAACAGCAGCAACAGCAGCAGCAGCAGCAGCAGCAGCAGCAGCAACGGGAAGCGCCGCCGCUGCGAGAAAAUAAUAGUUGCCUCCUCCUUCUGGGAGUCUCUUUUCUUAUUAGGACAAUUCUUAGAGAGACACCAAAUUAAAUGUGGAUAUUUUACAGAAAGGACAGAGAGACGUCUUGCAUUAUCUGCAUUAAAAGGGUUUAUAGAAGGAGAAGAGAUAAAAGUAUUAUUAUUAUCUACUUGUGUUGGUGCUCAUGGAUUAGAUCUAUCUUGUGCUAGUCAUGUUCUUCUUCUUGAUCCCCCUACAGACCCUAAUCUUGAGCAACAAGUUAUAUCCCGUGCUCAUCGUAUGGGGGCAUUAAGACCUGUAAAUGUUGAGUUAUUUGUAUCUAAAGGAUCUAUUGAACAAACAAUUCUUGAAAGAAGAAUGGAAUGGAGUCAACAUAAUAAUAAUUCUGAAGAAAUCCAUAACGAGAUGUUGGGGAAUGUGCCGGGUCGUGCUGGUACCCCAGGAUUCACACCUAGCAGCAGCAGCAGCAGUAGCAGCAGCAGCAGCAGCAGUAGCAGCAGCAGCAGCAGCAGUAGCAGCAGCAGCAGCAGCAGCAAGGGGAAUCACAGCGGAGACACAAAAGACUUUGUAGGGUUGGAGGUUUUGCUUCCUGCUGCUAGCUGCCCUUGGCCCUUAGACAUAAUUGCGUCUUGCAAUGGGGUGGGUAAGAGUACAAUUGUUGCUGCUAUACAAUUUGCUCUUGGCUGCCGCAUGAGCAGCAGCAGCAGCAGCAGCAGCAGGAGCAGCAGCAGCAGCAGCAGCAGCAGCAGCAGCAGUAGCAUAGGUGGUGGUAUAGCAUCAUCAUUUCCCGGUACUCAACAGCAGCAGCACCAACUGCAGCAGCAGCAGCAGCAGCAGCAGCAGCAGCAGCAGCAGCAGCAGCAGCAGCCGCAGCAGCAGCAGCAGCAACUGCAGCGUUUUUUUACCUAUGGAGGUACUCGUGCUGCUGUUUAUUUAUUAAUAAAAGGAAUAAAAAAAGAAGAAAUUUUCUCCAUAAAAAGGGAAAUAGAGCAGGGUCCUCGUGGUAUAAAGAAUACAUAUUAUAUAAAUGGUGAACAAUUGAAGGUGCAGCAGCAGCAGCAGCAGCAGCAGCAGCUGUCUAUACACCGGGAGAGACUAUCCAUAAGAAUAGAUAAUUGUUUAUGUAUUAUGCAGCAAGACAAGGUGUCUCUUUUUGGUUCUCUUACCCCUAAAGAAUUACUUAUUAAUACAUUACAUGCAAUAGAUGAGAAGGAUUCGCAGUGUCUCCUCAGCCUGCAGCAGCAGCAGCAGGAGCUGCAGCAGCAGCUAGCUACCCUUACUAGCCUAAGGGAGCAAUGUACUGUGCUGCAGCAGCAGCAGCAGCAGCUCAGGAAGCAGCAGCAAGAUCUUAUUGAUUAUUAUAAUCUAAGGAGACACCUUACCCUAUGCAGGGGACGAAUACUACGAUUGGAGGCAGAGGAAGCAUAUAAAGAAUAUAAAUCACUAAAGGGACAAUUAGCAGCAGCAGCAGCAGCAGCAGAGCCACAGCUGCAGCAGCUAAGAAAAGCAAAAGAAAGAGCAGCAAAAAAAAAGGAGACACUGCAGCAGCAAGCAGCAGCACUGCAGCAGCAACUGCAGCAAGCUAAUCAAUAUAAACAAAAAGCUAUACAAGCUAUACAAGAUAUACGUAAACAGCAGCAAGAUGACGAGGAAGCAGCAGCAGCACUAGAUAAUUAUCCACAGAAGCUGCAUGCACUGCAGCAGCGGCUGCAGCUGCAGCGGGAAAAAGCCCUGGACCCUAAGGCGCAGCUCCUUAUGGAGGGACUAACAGAGCAGCAAGAGCAGCAAAUGCAGCAAAUAGCAAGACACGAACUGCAGCAGCAAGGAUGCAGCAGCAAAGAAAUUGUUUAUUAUAUGGGUUAUCUGUAUAUUGUGUAUAUUAUUAUGAAUGUUGUUCUGAUUAAUGAUUGUUUAGAAAUAGAGCAGAAGAAUUUAAGGGAAUUAAAAGAAAAGACACAAAAUAAUCGUCAUAUAUUUAGCCAAAAAAAGAAGGAAAUAGAUCUAUGGAGACAGGAAGCAAUUGGGGUGUAUAGGGAGCUAUUACAGGUACUACCUUCAUCUACUGCUGCUGCUGCUGCUGCUGCUGCUGCUGCUGAGGGGGAGAAAGAGGAUGAGGAUGAUGAUGCAGCAGCAGCAGCAGCAGAAAAAGCAGCAGCAGAAUCUCUCUUAAUUGCAGACAUGAACAGCAGCAGCAGCAACAGCAGCAACAACGACAGCACUAGCAGCAGCAGCAACAGCAGCAGCAACAGCAGCAGCAGCAGCAGCAGCAGAAUAGAGGGUCUACCCCCAUUAGCUGCAUUACCUGUAUCUAUAUCUGCAUUAAGAGGAGAAGAGCAACGGCUGCAUAUGGUUACCGCAUAUAGAGGGUUUAAUAAGAAUAUUAUCUAA